AUGGCGCCCCUCGUCCCGGUCUUCCACGCCGAAGCGCUCCCAGACCAUGUCAACGUCGUCAGCCGGAACUUCCAGGAAAGGCGUCGCAAAGGAGGUCCCGUCGAUCUGAAGAAGUGCAAGCUCCUCGAAAUGGUGCAGUACUCGUGCAACCCGCCGCAGGAUGGAAUCCCCAAGCCCGGAGUUGUCGUGUGCAAGCCGAUCGUCCGGCUAUUCCGACGGUGCGCCGGCGGUUUAACAGUCGAAACGACAGCGUGGGAACCCAUACGCAUAGCGGAAGAAGAAGCACAGCGGAAACGCGCAGCAGAGGAGGCGACCAAAGCCUGA